AUGAUUGACGUGUCUCCUGUAAAGAGAGAAGAGAGAGAGAGAGAGAGAGAGAGAGAGAACAAUGGAGAGUCCAAAUGGUCAGGAGUUGAUCUCAAGAAGAAGCAACAAGGAUGUCUCCUCCUAGAGCUGAGAGAUAGGUUGGCAGAGUUUGCUGCAGUUAGAGGAUGGGAUAAAUUCCACAGCCCCAGAAAUCUUCUCUUGGCAUUGGUGGGGGAGGUGGGAGAGCUAUCGGAGAUAUUCCAGUGGAAAGGGGAAGUGGAGAGAGGGCUCCCCAACUGGAGCUCCAACGACAAGGAACACUUGGAGGAAGAGCUGUCGGAUGUGCUGCUCUAUCUGGUCCGGUUGGCCGAUGUUUGUGGGCUCGACCUCGGCCAAGCUGCUCUCUCCAAACUCAUCAAGAAUGCUCGCAAGUACCCUGUCGUCAAACCCUAGUCAAUGAGCCUUUUCCAUAGACAAUAAGACAGGGAGAGAGAACGAUGGCAUCUUUCUUUUUUUUCCCACCCCUUUAUGUUAACCCGGAGCGUGAAAUCUUGUCGAGUCUAUCUGAACCGUCGAAUGGUCUAUACAGCCGAAUUCGACAAAAAUCAUAUUGAUGAAUAGGAGUGCGUUCGCAAGAGCAGGCAAUGAGGUCGCUGUUGGGUUGGGGCCAGGUAGCUUUUUAUUUUGUAUUUAUCGCUGGAUGAAGUGAUUCUCAUGUGGAGUCCGUGGACUUGAGAGGGUCCACAAUCUGAUGAAUGCAACGCGAGUUCAUGCUAUCGUGAGGUCCAACUCCUUCUGUCGAGUUCUUGAAUUGUACUUUUUGAGUUUCAUUUGUGGAGUUCGUGGUGUCGUGGAAUUGAUGAAUCCUAUCGCACGCGGUAGGGAAAAGACAGCAUUUGAGGAA